GUUGUCCACGACAUCAUCACAUAUAAUCUACUCCAGCAUAAAUGAGCCAUCAGUAUAAAUUUUAGUGCCUUAUUUAGAAGAGACAUACGUGCAAGAUGUACUUUUCAUCUGAUCAAGCAAGUGCACUCCCAUCCGAAAAAGCCAUGACUUUCCUUACAAUUGCUCACUAGAGAAGUAUUUGAUCGAGAGGAAUGCCGGGUUUUUCAAUAAAAUAGUAUUGCUCCAACAAUAUUGCUUAACGACAUCAAGUUUGAGGCCAUCCUUUGGGUCACGGUCGGGGCAAAGAAAUUGGGAACCAUCUUACCUGGAGAGUAACAGUUUUUCAUUAAGGAUGUGUAAUUUAGACUCUAUUCUCUCUUAGUUUUGAGGAAAAAAAUUCAUCUCAAAUUACUGGAGUAUCUGAAAUAGUCAGCAUACAUACCUCAAUGAUCUGUCCCUGCAAGAGAACCAGUCUGAAUUUUGAGAUCACCAACCUGUCUGCAUAUAUAGCUAAGUUGUAGCUUCGGUUUUCGAAAGCCAUUUCCUCCACCAUGUCCUCAUACAUCACGCCGUUUCAGCCCGGAGAGGCCGUGGCCCCGUGCUGCAGCACAACGACGCUGCUCAGCGCGCUGGCGGCAUCCAUGGCCUGCUGCUUCUUCCUCGUCGUCAUCUUCCUCUGCCUGCGCUUCCUCCACCUUCGCCGCACGCGGCGCCACAGUGCACAGCCCCUGCAAGGGCAGGUCCAGGCCCCGCGGCCCAAGCACGGCCUCGACGCCGCCACCAUCGCGCUCUUCCCUUCCUUUCCGUACGGACGGGACUGCUCGGCAUCGGCGCCGGACGAGUGUGCCGUGUGCCUCAGCGCCGUCGACGAGGGGGAGACGGUGAGGCAGCUCCCGAGCUGCAAGCACCUGUUCCACCAACAGUGCGUCGACGUGUGGCUCCUGUCCAACGCGUCGUGCCCGGUCUGCCGUGGGAAGGUCGAGUGGGCCACGGGCGCCGAUGAGCGCGAGAGAGCCGCUGCAUCGGCGGCCGUCGUGCCAAUCGAGAUGAUGGACGAUGAAACGCUGUCUCCAUCGCCGCCGACGUCGGAGCCGUCCGUGCCGGAGCGGCCGGGCUGGUUUGGCGGGCGAGCCUCCGGCUCCCACUCCGGCCCGGAAACGGACUUGGAGCGGCAAUAGCAAUCAUUGUCUGGGGAGUCCGGAACUCCUGGAUAUGAUAACACGAUCUGUGGAAGUAGGUAGCACCAGGUUCGUCAUUCGUGUAUGCAGAGAACGUGUUGACAGCACGCAUUUUAUUCGGUCGGUGUAAACGAUCAGGAUUGCGACUCUAACUUGCAUCGGCGCUUGUUCGCCCCAAAAUGUAUUUCACAUCAAAA